CAGGAACCAUAACGUCUUCGAAUCUACUACGGCGCGAUUGUCUCGUGAAUUUGUACUACCCCUUUGCCUCUCUCAAUGUGAAUCUCUCAAUCCAUAUUUUCUGAGCUCUUUGCUCUUUCUUUUCUACAUUGUUUGAUUUCCGUGAAGUUAAAGCUAUCUUUUGGUUUUUAAUACUAUCUACCCCGUUUAGUACAGACACAGCAACUUGAGCUUGUCAUUGCCGUGCUUCGAAGAUUUUCAUUUUCUCCUGGGUGGCCGGUCACUGCUAAAACGGGCGGUGAAACGUCACCCGGUGUGCAGAUGAGAUUCAUCUUGUUUGCAGAUAUUCUUACCUUCAGGAUUGCUCAAUAGUAUGCGAGAGGAUUUUUCCCGCUCACCUUAAGAAGCGCACACGUCAUUCAUUUUCUCCUGUGACAAAAACUGAAUCGAUUGAGGCUGAACUACUUAUAUCAAAACCCUGGAACUACAACAUAAUGGCCCCUACCACCCCCGCCCCCUCUCCACCAGCCAAGUUUUCUUUUUUCGUUGACCGCGGGGGUACGUUCACGGAUUUCCUGAUUUUGAAUCACAAGGACAAUUCCCUGGAUACGUUGAAACUGUUGUCCGUUGACCCGAAGAACUACGACGAUGCCCCCAUCGAGGGCAUUCGCCGCACCCUGGACACGCAUCCGGAUUCAGAGCUGCGGGGGAAACUGCCGCGGGGCAAAAAGAUCCCGCCGAGGUACGUCAACUCGAUCCGCAUGGGCACCACCGUGGCCACGAACGCGUUGUUGGAAAAGGAGGGGGCGCGGGUGCUGUACAUAACCACCAAGGGACAUGAAGACAUGCUCAAGAUCGGCAACCAGAGCAGGCCGGACAUCUUCGACUUGGAAGUGAAAACGCAUGGGAUGCUGUACGAGAAUGUCGUCGGAGUGGACGAACGGGUGGUCGUGGGGAGGGACUCCGUCGAUUGUGCGAAGAAGAGGAUGUCGGAAACAUCGCUGGCACGACGGCGAGGAGCAGUAGAGGAGGUCAAAGCGGAGAAAUCUACAGCAGCCAGCACUGUGGUCUCCGAAGAUAUUUCUGCACCAGCAGAAUCUCUUUCGUCGUCCAGUGAAAAACAGCUGCCAAUCUUUGUUGAGAAGGCACUGCCGUUGGACCUGGAAGACGGUGACCAUCGGAAGUUGGAGUUGCAGAAAGAGUUGGAAAGUAAAAUAUCGGCCUUGAUGUCUUCCGGCAGAGAAGGUGUCGAGAACAUCGAGUCCUCUCAAAAAUCUCGUGCUGAGAUUGAGAAUGACGAGGACGCAGGAACCACAGAAAAUAACACUACGACUACAAGAAUACGAAAUAAAGAUAAAUCACCUGCGCGUGCGGCCUCGACAUCCACACCAGCUAGGCCAACCAGCAUUGCGAUAAACCUGCUUCAUUCGUACCUGUACCCGAAGCACGAGAAAAGGCUCGCCGCGUAUUUGAAAAAAAAUCUGAAACAGAAGUUCAUUUCAACUUCCUCGCAACUGUGUCCGAUGAAGAAAGCCGUGCCCCGAGGCUUCACAACCUGCGUAGAUGCCUACUUGACGCCGAAAAUCCUCGAGUACGUAGAGCAGUUUUGCGACGGGUUCGACAAGCAGAACGGGCACGAGUUCCGCGAAUUCUACGAGAAGAAGCUGCUGUUCAUGCAGUCCGACGGGGGACUCACAAACAUCGACAAUUUCACCGGUUUUCGCGCCAUCGUCUCCGGCCCGGCGGGCGGAUGCGUGGGCUUCUCGCGGACGACACCGAGAUUUCAGUUCAGGAGGGACAGCGACCACGACGGCGACGAGGAGCCUCAAAAAACUCAGGACGAUGUGUUGCUGAAAAAAGAAAAAUCUGCCCCUCCUCUUGAAAAUAACCGCCGGCUCUACCUCCCUAUCAUCGGUUUCGACAUGGGCGGGACUUCUACCGACGUGUCCCGGUUCGAUCCGAAUAACGGAGAAAACAACUUCGACCAAGUGCUGGAAACCACCAUUGCCGGGUACACCAUCCAGGCCCCGCAGCUGGACAUCAACACGGUUGCGGCGGGCGG